CCUCUACUUAAAGCGCGCCCGAGGCCGCUGCCGCCUCCUGCUCCCGGUGCGCGGCCGCCAGCAUGUCCGACCGCCUGCCCUACAAAGUGGCUGACAUCAGCCUUGCAGACUGGGGUCGCAAGGCCAUUGAGAUUGCAGAGAAUGAGAUGCCAGGGCUGAUGAAGAUGCGGGAGAUGUAUGCUGCAUCCAAGCCGCUGAAAGGUGCACGUAUCGCUGGUUGCCUUCAUAUGACUGUGCAGACAGCAGUUCUCAUAGAGACCCUUUUAGAGCUGGGAGCUGAGGUGCAAUGGUCAAGCUGCAACAUUUUCUCCACUCAAGACCAUGCUGCAGCUGCUAUUGCAAAAGCUGGGGUACCUGUGUUUGCCUGGAAAGGGGAGACCGACGAGGAGUAUUUGUGGUGCAUUGAGCAGACUCUGUACUUCAAGGAUGGGCAGCCCCUCAACAUGAUCUUGGAUGAUGGUGGAGAUCUUACCAACCUAGUUCAUACCAAAUACCCACAACUCUUGAAAGGAAUUAGAGGUGUUUCAGAAGAGACAACAACUGGAGUUCACAAUCUGUACAAGAUGAAGGCCAAUGGGACCCUUAAAGUGCCAGCUAUCAAUGUUAAUGACUCUGUCACAAAGAGCAAGUUUGAUAACCUUUAUGGUUGCAGAGAGUCCCUCAUCGAUGGCAUCAAACGUGCUACAGAUGUCAUGAUUGCUGGAAAAGUAGCAAUUGUGGCAGGUUAUGGUGAUGUGGGCAAAGGCUGUGCUCAGGCCUUGAGGAGCUUUGGAGCCAGAGUCAUCAUCACUGAAAUUGAUCCCAUCAAUGCACUGCAGGCAGCCAUGGAAGGUUAUGAGGUUACAACCAUGGAGGAGGCAUGCAAAGAAGGCAAUAUCUUUGUUACCACCACUGGCUGCACUGACAUCAUUCAGGGCAGACACUUUGAGCAGAUGAAGGAUGAUGCAAUAGUGUGUAAUAUUGGCCAUUUUGAUGUGGAAGUUGAUGCAAAGUGGCUGAAUGAAAAUGCAGUAGAGGCGGUGAAUGUUAAACCUCAGGUGGAUCGCUACACACUGAGGAAUGGCCGGCAUAUUAUCCUGCUAGCAGAGGGCCGACUGGUCAACUUGGGCUGUGCCAUGGGUCACCCUAGCUUUGUUAUGAGCAACUCCUUCACUAACCAGGUGCUGGCACAGAUUGAACUAUGGACCAACAGUGACAAGUACUCUGUUGGAGUCCAUUUCCUGCCAAAGAAGCUGGAUGAAGCUGUGGCUGCUGCUCAUCUGGAUAAACUGUGUGUGAAGCUGACGAAGCUGAGUGACAAGCAGGCCAAGUAUCUAGGCUUAUCGAGAGACGGGCCAUUCAAGCCAGACCACUACAGAUACUGAGCAGGUGGCACUACCCAAAGACCAAAGUGCAGGGAUACAACCUUCCAAAGCUCCUGUGUCUGCUGGGCUUCUGAGAACAAACCUUUUGCCAUAUUCCUCUCAGUGUUGCAGAACCUCCUUCCCCUUCCCAAGGGAGCUUCAGGGCCUUAUUCAUUAUUGAAAGAGGAUCAUUCUGACUGUUGAAAUUAACUACUGUCAUGGUGCAAAGGAUCCUGUGCACCUUUUGUUAGCUCCUAAUGUCCCAGUAAGGGGAGCAGGCCAGAAGAUUGCUAAAUGAAGAUGCAUAGAUUUGUCAAACAUGUGGCUGACAGCCUCUUUGAACUGACUAACCAGUAAAAUGACUGCACAAAGGCUCCCUAGUUAAAGUCCAUCUUGUGAAACUGGAGGGAGAAGGGAGAAAUAACUAUAGGCUGCUUUUGGUCUCCUUUCUAUAAAAUCAAACUAGAGCUUGAGGGGUUUUUCUGGGUUAAUUUACUCCAUCUAGUUUGAUCAGAACAAAGACCCUUCUGUGCUUCUUCCAUACCAGCUUGUGGAGGAGUGAGGCAAGAGUGACUUUAUCAGCCUUACAGUGUGUUGUGAACAGUUGAAAAGCCUCUGAGGGGACAGUUAGGUUUAGGGACCUUGUUCAAACCUCUGAAAACACCAGCAGCACACUUCCACGCCCAGCUUGAUUUUUCUGAGUUGUCAUGUCUGCUGUAUCUUGUUUGUCACUGACUCAAAAGUGCUUUUAUUAAAGAUCUGACUAUGGCCUGA